CUCGACCUGGCGUACAAUCAGCCCUCUCACCUGCUGACCGCGCCGCCCCGCGUGCUGGCACCCAGUGACCUUGACCCCGACGCAUGGCAACAGCAGGAAGCAGAGCGGCAGCAGCGCCAGCGCUUGGAGCUGGCUGUCGAGCAAGCUCGAAGACAGCACCAGGAGCAGCAGAGGCAGGAGCAGCAGAGGCAGGAGCGGCAGAGGCAGGAGCAGCAGCGCCGGCAACAACAGGAACAGGAGCGCGUCCGUCAGCAGCAGAGGGAGCAGGAGCGGCAGCGGCAAGAGCAGGCCCGCCGCCAGCAGCAGGAGCAGGAGCGGCAGCGGCAGGAGCAGGCCCGCCGCCAGCAGCAGGAGCAGGAGCGGCAGCGGCAGGAGCAGGCGCGCCGCCAGCAGCAGGAGCAGGCGCGGCGCCGUGCGCAGCAGGCGCAGGCUGAGGAGCAACGCGCGCGGCGCCUUUGGCAGCAAAGGGAGGGCGCCGAGCGCUCCAAGGUGGAACCGCCCUGCCCGCCUUGGCGUGAGCUGUUCUGGACCGCCCUUUGCGCAGUGAUCGCCCUCGCCGUGGCGGCGCUGGCGGCCGCACUGCUCACCCUAGUGCCGUGGCUCCUCGGCUGGGUGGCGGCGUCGCCCUUGGACGCCGCGCUCGGGGUGAUCUGGCGCCGCCGCGUCCUCGGCCAGGCGGUCGGGACUGCAGCCAUGUUCGUAGUCGACGCGCUGUACCGCCCCGUCGUCAUGUUUCUGUUGGUUCCAUGGACGUUCUACUUGGCGGGGGGCGGCGCGCUGGGCGUGUGCUUCGCGGCCGCCCACUUGGCCCUGGGCAUGAUCGGCGGCACAGAGUUUGGGUUUGAACUCGACCAGCAGUUCCUAUCGCAGGUCUUGAUGCUUGUGUCCGCGGUUUUGCCCGGCGGCGCCUGGGUGCGCAACGGCUUCCUAAUAGCAGCGAUGCUGGCCGUGGUGCGGCUGGGCGUGCUGCAGUUCGGCCCGCCGCUCGCGCGCCCCAUCAAUGGCCG